AUGCUCGCCUUCCCAGCGCGCCAGGCCAUCGCCGCCCGGCAGCUCCACACCACCUUCAUACGCUCCGUACGCCGCCCUCAAAAGCCCUUUGAGGCCUACAUCCCCCGCGACCCGUCCAGUAAACCCCAGGCAGCCGGUUUCGAUAAACGCCGAGCAGCCCAGCAAGACCAGCUUUACGUCCUGGCCCAGGAGGGCAAGGCGAGCGCAGCGGAAAAGUACUCGGACGCAUUUGGCCUCCGGACCCCCGGAUCGGAAUACAAGGCGGAGUCGGACGCGGAGCGGUUUGGCCACAACAAGCCCUUGUCAAAACCCAGAAUAACUGCUGAAGACAACCACUUGUCUGGUCUCCGCCGGAAAGCGAUGCAGCAAUCCGACGUCAAGCAUGUACUCAAGAAAUGGCGUAGUGGGGUCGACCUCCAUAGCGGCCGCUUCGCCGUACGCACAAAGGAGCUCGAAGCGCUCGCCGUGAAACAGGAAAAGCGGGCGGGACGACGGGCCCAGAGGGAGGAGUUGAAAGCCGAAUUUAGGGUCGCAAAACAGGAGCGCAGCCAUGUCAAGAUCAAGCUGCAGUCUGAACAGCAGAGGUUUGCGCGUGAAAUGCGGGAGAGCGGAUUCUCGAAAUAUCGGUCAAAGUGGCUCGCUAAGGCGCGGUGGGAUCCUGUGCAGCAGCGGCCGCUUUUGCUCGCCAAUGACUUGAAGUAUAUCGGCGGCAGAGAUGGGAGAGAUCUCCCGGCGCUGAGGGAGGCUGUUUGGGCGACCGAAAAGGCAGUAGGAAGGACCACGGGACCGGAUCCUACGGAUACCGAGCUAGGACAGCCGGCCGAGGUGGCGGGGGAGGGGAUGGAGGCAGAAAACCGCCGCUGGACACCAACCAAACGCCUAACGUACGCGGCUAUGAGCGGCAUGCGUGAACUGCACGCCCAGGACCCUGCGACAUGGACCGCGCAAGCCCUCGGCCCAAAGUUCGGCAUCUCAUACGAGGCGGCGAAGCGAAUUCUGCGAUCGACAUGGAGUGCGACCACCAACAAGGACAUGGGCAAGUGGUCGCGCGCGACGGAUGGCGUCAACUCGCCAGUACCGCAGAUUCGGGCGGUGUACGCGCUCAAGAGGGCGGACGAGGCGGCCAACGAGAUCAAGAGGGCGGACGAGGCGGCCAACGAGCUCAAGAGGGCGGACGAGGCGGCCAACGAUGACAAGGCGACAGGGAAGGAGACGGAGAGAGGGGUCAAGCCCAAGCCCAAGCCCAUGCCCAAGGAUAAGGAGACGAGAGCCAAGGGCAAAAGCAAGGACAGGGAGAUGAGGUCGACUGGGAGUGGGACGGGGCAUGGAGGGAAAGCCAAGGUUGGGAAUCGGAAGGAGCCACCUCCUCUUCGUCAACGGGGCGGGUUCGGCAUCAAAGAGGCAUAG